GGACACUACUGUAUGUAGUAGGGUGCACAAGAAGAACAACGAAAAAAAAGGGCGUCACAAGCAAAGUCCCAACUUUUGCAAAAUUAAAGAGGAUACAGCAUGGUACUUCCAUUCUUACCGAAGUGUCUCUGUGACAGAUGUUUUUUUAGCUACACUCAGGACAGCUGCCAUCUGCUAGCAAAGAGUUAAACUGUGGAAUUUACAGCACACUGAUUUUGCCUGUCUUGCUGUCUGCUCAUAGAAUAAGAUCUCCUGCCUGAGGAGUAGAAGGACCAGACCGAUUUCUUAUUUUGUGAUCUACAAUUCAGUAAAUGUACACAAUGAGAAGCACAUUUUCUUUGCUUUACUCACUGUGUUUUUUAGCUCCACCAAUUCAGGGAGCUCGAGCAGAAUUGAACUUAUACCCUCAAGAUGAAAUCAGACUACUCUCUGAAGGUCUUCUCCAGAUUGGGUCAGGAUUAAAAAGGGAAUUCAACCAUACAAAGCAUCAAAUCAAAAGCAUUUUCCAGCAACUUCAUAACUUUAAUACAUCACUGGCAAAACUGUCUGGGCAAGUAAAUCAAGCGACUAAACUUGGAGAACAACUGGACCAAAAAACAAGAAACUUUGAAGAAAAUGCUAAGAUGUAUGAGAUGCUUGCAGAGAUUUCAGAAGAACUAGCUAAGCUGAAGGAAGAAGAAGCUUCACUGGACAACAAGAUCAAGCCUUUAGAAAACAAGAUCCAAAUUGCUCUGGAUAAAAGGAAUGAAAGGGAAUCUCUUCUCAAUGCAUCAGAUAUUCUGGCAUCAAUUGAAAGGCAAAACAUGCAAAUUCUUUCCCUGCAAGCAAUAGUGGACAGUCACCAAGACAAAAUCAAUUCCCAAGAAGAUAAAAUUCAAAGAUUACAAAAGAAGGCCCAUUCAAGAAAAACAAAGUCCAAAAAGAGACGCAAUCUAGGUGCUCGGGAGAACAGUCAAAUCUGAGUGCCAUAUAUCGCAGAUGGAAUUACCUGCUACACUCAGACUGGAAGAUCGCAUAGAACUUCAAUGACACGAAGUGGGAGCACUGCCCAUCUUUGUCACACUACUAGAGACUUUUUAGCUUUAUGAAGAACUGAGCUAUAAUUUAUUUCUCUGGAACUUCCUGCAAUGAAUUUACAAAGCUGGACAACUCCAGUGCUUUAUUCUAACUAGAUAACCCAUCGGUGUUCUCUUCUCUGCAUGCUUUAUUUCUCCUCAGUAGUUUAAUUCAUUAGACCAUGAAUCACUGGUGACUCUUUUCUUUCUAAUUGGAGAAAAGUGCAUUCCGAUCACCUGUGUAAUGAUACAUGGUUCAACGCUGGUACGCCUGGUAGCUUCAAGGUUGGUAAAGAGAAUGGUGACAACUUUGGAUUGAUAAAAUGGGUUGCGGCUAAGCUUGUUGCACAUAAUUUUGUAAUUAGAGUAGAAUAUCUUCGGACAGCUACAUGCCUUUUUUCAAAGUUACUGAUCAUGGUCGCUUGACUACAUGGGGCAUUAACAAAAAUAGGUACUGAUGCAGCUUUUCAGGCAACUCAGAAGUAUAAAGUAAACCUUAUUAAAUGUUGCAAAAUGCCAGAAAGAAGUCUACUGACCAUGUAAAGUUGCAUUUCUUAAGUAUGUAUUGGCCGCAAGCAGUAUGGCUGCACUACAUAAUCAUAUCUACUGAAAAAUGGAUGGAGAUGGACUCCUGUCUGACCACAAUCCAGGAAGGUUACUUGAUGUUGAAUUGAUCACAAAACGGAAGGAUCUCCCUGCAGCACAUACUCAUGAUAGGUCUCCAAUGCAUAGUAUUGGAAGUGGACAAUAUUCUAAUAGUUUAAAACAGAAUAAGAGAGUUGUUGAGGCAACAGGCUAAAGGGUUAUUGGGGGAGAGGGAGCAGUACCUGGUGUUUAGUCAACUGAAAGGCCAACCAUACAUGGACUCCUGGAGUUCCAAAGGGGGCCCAGAACACAGUACUCAGGCUCUGUCAUGUCCAUAUGCCCUAAUAAUCACAUAGAUGGGGAUUUGUCCAGCAGGGUCAACCCCAUUAAAAACCAUACUGGGAUAAUAUUAUCUCAGUAUGAAUCGGGUCCCAGUUGCUGGAUCCUCAGUUACUGGUAAAUCUCUUUUAAAAAGCCCCUGUUCCCUCCAUGACAAAAACAACGUACAAUUUACUUUGGUUCCCAAACCUCCAACACACAGAAAUGUUCAAAUAAAAUAAAAAACUGUGUUUUUGCAUUUUCUAUGGUAAGCUCUGCUCCCUUGUUUGGGAAGAAAUAUAUAGAUGUCACAUGGACUCCAGAUACAACCACGUCAGUACAUCCUUCAACAGAUAGACCGCACUCAUAUUUACUGUUAUCACAGAUCUAGACUCCUUUAUUGUUCUACUGAACCAAACAUGGACUGGGUUUUUCUGCUGUAGUACGAAGCCUUAUUAGGCUACAGACACCUAAAAACGAUCUUAAAGGCAUUGUCCAGAUUUAAAAAAAAAAAUCCAUUCCCCUAUACAGCAGUACCUGUAAAGAAAGCUAUAUUUAGUUGCUUCACUGAUGUGGCCACGUGUGCCGCUGCAGCCAAUGACUUGCCUCUGCGAUGACGUGUCUCCAUACGACACGAGACCCAUCAGUGACGUCACCACUAAGGCCAGUCACUGGCUGCAACGGUGCACGUGACCCCGUUUAAUCCAGUGAAGACAGCCCGGUAAUAUGGAGCUGGAACGUGGCAGCAGGAAGCAACUAAGUAUAGCUUGAACCACAUUAAUGUAUAAAAGGAAGAAAAUUAUCAGUUUUAGACUGGAUGAAAUCAGAUGGCUCUAUUGAAAAAGCAAUCAUCUAUACAGACAUUUGUGUAUAAUCUAUGAAUUAUCAUAUAAAGAAGAAAUAGACAAAUUAGAUGCAAAUAAAUGUGAAUUGCUACAACUGUUCUGUACACAAACACAUACCGUAAUUUGGAUCAUUCAGAAAAAACUAUUGCUACAAGAUGAAUGAGUUAUUACUCUAUUUGCCCCACAGUACAGAGCAGUUUUACGGUGUAAUCCUUCACUAAAAGUAACUUAAACCACAAAAACACCCAAGACAUAAAAACAAAGAGAGGAGAUUUACCCUGCGCAUAUAUAGUGUACAAUUUUUUAAAAAAUUAUGUUAUAUGGAUCUUUUACUUGCGCUUAUGUCAUUGUUUUUUGAUCCACAGAAUAUAAUCCUUUACUACAAUUUCAACAUACAGUAAAGCCCCUUAAGCUCCAAACAAAUCGUGUGUGUAGAUGUGGAAUCAUAGUGCUGCUGCCAAGUAGGGCGAAGUUCAUAGAGCUGCGUGCACUUUUCAUCUUCCUCCUGCACACAUUUAGUUCCCAUUCAGCAGAUCUCAGGCAUGCAGACAAAGCACAGUAUCCAGAACACUAAACAAUACUAAAAAGGGAGACUUUUGGUAUACAUAGAUUAAUCGCUCUCCAGCCAGGAAACAUUUACUGUACUGUGACCUCAGUCUGCAGAACACAUUUCCUAUCUUCUUGUAAAAGAUAUAGUUAACUAUAAUUAUACUUCUCUAGCCAAAGGUUACAAAAUAUUAGGGUCAUUAAAAGUAAUGGUUGCAUUUCUUCAUUGCACCCACAACACUGGCAGCUGAGGUUCGUGUUUAAAGCCAUGUUCACACAGCCAAAAUCUGAUACUGAUUCAGCAGAGGAAAACAGGCAUAUUCCACUGCUAAAUCCACAUUCAAAACACCAUCAACAAUUUCCCAUUGACCUCAAUGUAAAACUCCACCUUGUACACACAACGUAAAAUGGUGGAGUUUUUCUUUAGGCCCCUUUCACACGGGCGAGAUUUCCGCGCUGGUGCAAUGCGUGAGGUGAACGCAUUGCACCCACACUGAAUCUGGACCCAUUCAUUUCUAUGGGGCUGUGCACA